AUGAGAAUACAGAUUGAUCUUAAGGAGGUUCUAUGUGGCAAAUAUAUAAAAAUACAAAAAACCGGUUGGAAUUCAAGGAUAAAGAGCCAAAAGGUUUUUUGGGGGCAUGGCGGAAAAACUGCAGUAUUUGCAGUCGAUGUUCCAUUAGCCAGCCUUCCUACAUUAGGUGCCGCGGUCCCGAAAUUAGGGGCUUUUCAACCCAGUUUAAAUCCCGGAGGAGCUGUAUAUACACAAGGUUCAGUUCCUCAAAGUUUUAACCAAACUGCUCAAAAUAUUCCCACUGCUAUACAACUAAUUAUAGACAAUAAGUUCAACACGAAUCAAUACCUGUAUAAGUCUGAAAACGGAAUAGAUACAUACACUGCAAAUGAUCAGUUUGUGUUUACUGAAGCAUACGAAGGAGGCCAACUAGUAUGGACUUCGGGUGGUGGGCCGGCCGGAAAGCAGAUGAUAGUCAACACAAUGGCUGCUGGAGCGGAUAGAUACAGGAUGGUGUAUCCAUAUGCAACAUCUGCGUCCACAGAAGGCGAGGAUUUUAAGAUGGGAGCCCGACCAGCCGUUCCUCUGUUUCAACAGCCGUUAGCUUCAUCAGGAGGGACGCAGGUCGCACUGCCUCAACUAGGCCAAGCUCAACCUCAACUGCCGCAACUAGGGCAAGUGCAACCGCAACUCCCGCAACUCGGCCAAGCUCAAACAGCAUCGUUAGCACCAGAUCGUCGUUUAGCAGUAACCUCAUUCACAGCACCAGGGCAAGUAUUUACACAAGACCGCCUUGGACCAUCGCAUCAAAAUUUCCACGCAAACCUCCACUUUGUCACUACGACAAACGGGGUGAUGAACGUGGACGAUACCUCGCAAUACAGCAUAUACGUAGGCCAGGACGGUUACAUAUAUAACUUCGCCGACCAGGCGCAAUGUGUAGAAGUAAAGUUUGUAAACAACACUAUUUGGAAGAUGGGAGAAAUGCAAGACUUCCCAACUAAUGUCGAGUUCAGUAUUACAGCGCCACCACACGUACUUAUCGCAACCAAAAACCAGACAUACACGUACAGGCUGGUUAACAGGAAAUGGCAACUGGGAUCCCACAUCACCAACGUCAAGAGUCAGAUGGACCCAUCAAACGUGAAAAUUGAAAUUGGAACAGACGCAACAUGUGCUCAAACAUUAACGGACGAAACCAAAUACUCUAUUAAAACCUUUGAUGAACUGAACAUCUUCUACUAUGAAUUCUAUCCAGAUGUAUUCUGCGCUGGCGUCAUCUACCAAAAUCAGUAUCUGUGGAAGUACGCAGCGAAUUUCGGAAACUACUACCCGAAAAGAAUUUACUUCCACAAAGACGUCAUGAUGGUGGUUGUGGACUUUGUCUCGUUCUACCUGGUGUACAAGUUCGAUAACAUGUGGAAAUUUGACUCUCAAGUCAUCAAGGAUUUCCAUGAUGACCAGCUGGAACUGGUGACGUACGACUCACAGAACAAUACGGCCAACGUAAACGAUGCGUCACAGUACAGAGUCAUAGAGCAUUAUUAUUUGAGACAGUAUAAGUUUGUACCUGGUUCAAUGUGCAUCUCCUUAAGGUAUCAACAAAAGCCUGUAUGGGCCCGCAGGAAUGACUUCCAAUCGCACUUCCCAAAAUCAAUUGUGUAUAACAUUAAAACUAAAAAUUUCUUUGUCGAUUUCGAUCCAAACUGGUACUAUGUGUACGUUUUUGAUCAACAGGCCGACAAGUGGUAUCUUGUGCACAAAGAUGAAACCAAUAAACCAGCAAACAUACCCCCCGUGCAAACCGACGAAGAAACAUCGCAAAACAACCCGCCGCAAGACCUGAACGCAUUACAGUCCCGCACUGUAGACUUUGGCGAUAAGAAUCAGCCCGACCCAAAUAGAUUGGUUGAUCUAUCUAAAAUGGGUCAGCCCAACCCCCCGCUCGACAGCGAUAUCGAAGAAGGACGAGUACGUAGAAACAGGGCAGGUAUGAAAACUACAUCCGUCAUCAAGCAAGUGUCACUAUCCGACGGUUCGGCAAUGGAAGUCGAGGAGGUAAUGUCCGAGGCCGAAGAUGCCGGUAGAAGAAGAAGACGAAAGGCUGAAGGACAGCAAGCUGUUGCUCCCCCAAUACAGACCGACAAUGAAGGAGCUAUGCUGAGAACCGCCAGGGCCAAAACUACAGCGCCUCUGGAGACGGAUGUUGAAAUUGUGCACGGUAGAAGUCCAAGGUCCUCUCCUACUGCAGGACCGAAGUCCGUUAGCAUUCCCCUAGAUUCUGACGUUGAAGAGGGCGGGUCUCGACAAAAACUUAAGACUCUAGCUUCAGUAAAACAAGUCGCACUACCCGACGGUUCUGCAAUGGAAGUUGAGGAGGUUAUGUCAGAGGCCGAAUACGGAGGAAGAAGAAGACGUAAGUCUGAAGGACCGAAAGCUGUAUCUGUGCCACUAGAAACUGAUAACGAAGGUGGAGCACCAGCAGCUAUGCCCAGAGCUAAAGCGGCAAUACCUCUGGAGACCGAUAACGAAGGAGGAGCGCCUCGUGUAAUGCCUAGAGCCAGGGCAGCAAAUCCCCUUGAGACUGAUAACGAGGGAGGAGCUCCAGCAGCUAUCCCCAGAGCUAAAUCUGCAAUACCUCUUGAGACGGAUAACGAAGGAGGAGCUCCAGCAGCUAUCCCCAGAGCUAAAUCUGCAAUACCUCUUGAGACGGAUAACGAAGGUGCCGCGCCUAGGGUCAUGGCAAGACCCAGGGCUGCACAUCCACUUGAGACAGAUAACGAAGGAGGAGCUCCAGCAGCUAUCCCCAGAGCUAAAUCUGCAAUACCUCUUGAGACGGAUAACGAAGGUGCCGCGCCUAGGGUCAUGGCAAGACCCAGGGCUGCACAUCCACUUGAGACCGAUAACGAGGGGGGAGCUCCACCUAUGAUCGCUAGAGCUAAAGCAGCAAUUCCUUUGGAUACUGACACUGAGGGACAUGCUCCUCGAGCCCCUAGGACAACCGCAAUUCCCCUUGAUACAGAUACCGAAGCAGGGGCGCCCAGAUCUGUAGGGGGGCCUCGACCACUCAGCGUCCCUAUUGGAACUGAUUCUGAAGGAGCGCCUGUCAAAAAGGAUGUCACAGCGAUUCCUCUCGACUCGGAUCGCGAGGGACAUAUACCCAGAGCAGCCAGAGGGCCACAACCCGCGGGCAUUCCUUUGGAUAGUGGUCCCGAAGGAGCGGGACAACGCAGAACGUCUGUGUUAUCAAUUCCGCUCCAAUCUGAAGGCGAAGGCGACGCACAUAGACAUGCAGCAGGGCCUCAGCAACAAGGAGCCGACUUUUAUGUCUCUGACUCCAGACCAUUCACCGGACCUCAGCCUGCACACUCACCGACUCAAGCUAGUGGCACCGAUUUUGAAAUUAAGGACCCAGGCGUUCCCAAGACCGUGGUUAUGGCCCCUCACGUUCAAGACGUGGCCUUAUCCAGCUUCUCUGAAGACGAGAGCCAUAGAAGAAUCGACGAUAACCUAAUUAUCCUUGAUGUGAAUAACAGACGUGGAACUGACAUCGUCAAGCACAGAUUCGACCACCGCAGGAACGCCAAUAUUUUCACCGCGAGGAAACCUUACCUAUUCUAUAUGGUUAAGCAAGGAAUGGAUACCGUUUGGUUCUCUAAGGACGGAAACUAUCCAGACCAAGUGGUGGUGAAGACGGACAAAUACGGUGAAUCCAAGUUUAGAGUAUACUUCCCCCAGCAUGACCCAAGAGCACCCCAGGCCCAACGUAAAGCAAAGUAUGCUGAGUCAUUCGACUCAGAUCUUGAUCAAGCAAGAUUUAGAGAUCCACGCACACAUGACAAACAUCACAGAGGACACACACGUGCAGAGAGACACAGACCUGCAGACCGACACUACCAUAAGUCUCGCGACAGAUAUCAACAUAAGCACCAAGAUACGUAUCAUGAAAGAUACGAUAGAUUCGACGAUAGAUACCACGAUGGGUAUGACAUGCCCCAAGAUAGACACAGGCAUCACAGAUCACAUGAGCCGUCCAAAUAUGGAUUUAGAGAACCGUGGGAGCCUAGGGAGUCCAUGGAGCCGAGAACGCACAGGCGCGAAGAGCCUCCAGCCGAGUUCUAUGAUCCCUCGCAGCCGUUCAAGAUCCAGUACGACUACGACCAAGGAAAGGUGGCAGGAGUGCGGUGUAACGGAUCCACUAUCUGGAGGAGACAGCCGGACGACCCAUAUCCGCAAUCGGCGAAGUUUUACUCAGACAUCCUAAUGAUUUCCUUAGUCUUCAACAGGAACCACUUCCACAUUUACAAGUUUAACGGGUACAAGUGGAAGAGGAUCAGGGCCUCCGUAGAAAGAAUCGCCGAACUUGACGUGUUUAAAAAAGGCUCAACCGACAGCUUCCUGUUCUCAAGAAAGAACAACGUUGAUACGUACAUGGCCAUGGAUAGAUUCCUUUUCAACAAGGUUAAAAUUUCGUACGCGAACAAGUACCGCUGUAUGUCGACGGAUAUUUGGUCGACCGAUAACCCGACGAACUACGCAGACAGAGUUGUGGUAAAUCGUUUCAGCAAAAUAUCAACUGAUACCGAGGUGACGAUCCACUUCAUCAACGGCUGCGAAGUGACAUACCUGAGCACGAUGAUCCUGAGGCCAUUCGCAAAAGUUAGAUGGUCGGAAACGACCUCUGAAAUUGCCGAUGUUAUAGAAAUCAUCACCAUGGACGAAUUCGGCAACUACGAGCUGAACAACAACAACAAGUUCGACAUCUACGCACACUGGAAGGUCGAGAAACCAGGCUCUAACCUAAGAGGAAUUUACAAGUACGUUGUGGUUUUCUACCAAAACGCGCGAUGCGUUAAAGUGAGACACAGAAACCGAAAGCUGUGGAACGUCGACCCGCAGCUCAGCGGAAACCACCCGACCAAAAUCACGUUUAACCUUGAGACGAACAAGUACUUCUUCGAGUUCUCCGACGAUGUCUACAACUUCGUAAUCGAAGAUAAGACACCGUCAUACUAUUAA